AUGUCACUGAGCAUGCAGGGUUCCGGAAGAGAGUGCUGGGAAAACUCUCAACAUAUGGACCUACGCGAUCAUUGCUCGCGCGAGCAACCUCACGCUACAAGAUCCGUCGAGCGAGACGCUGAACGCUCCGAUAGGCGCCGUCCCGCCGAAGAGGAUAUGAUCUAUGCCUCCGACGCGCAACCCGUCCUGGCCGACAGCGAGUUUGGCCGCCUUGAUACCACCGGCUGGUACCCCCACUACAAAGAUUGCGUGCAGUAUUUCGUGGAGUGCGGGCAACAAAACCCAACAGUUCAAUCCAUCGCUGCCUUUAUCAAUAUCCGACUCCCCUUUCAACGCCCUGUGAAUCCUCCCAAUGCACUGGAUACGCAUCCCGCGGCCUUUGUCUCCCUCCGACCUUAUAUCCGUCGUCUGAUCGUGACGGCGCAGGACUCCCCGGUUAUCUUGCAGGCUUUCUUCGGCGAUGGCUGGCAGGCGGGCAUCGGUUGUAUCUACAAGCAGGAACGCACGAACUAUCUCUUCACGGCCAAGAGUAGUGGAUGGGCCGACACCAAGGCCGCCUACGACAUCGCUCCGGACGAGUUGACCCCCUUCCUCCGACCCUUGCGCGACCCCUCCGAGGAGGAGAUACGGGCCGCCGAAGCCCGUUGGAGUGAGUGGUUGGCGAUGGAAGAUUGGAUGGUGGGGGCCCGGAGCCCCUGGUGA